GGAUUCUCUCCCGCUGCCUGCCGGGUGUGCCGCGCCUCGGGUCCUCGAGGAAGGCGGGAGCGGGACGUGGCGAGAGGCCUCCUCAACACUGGGCAAAAGAGCCUUGACCCGGAGAUGCAUAGUUCGUGACUGCCUCUCCAGAUGCUAAGGUGCUUGUAUCGUUGGCACAAGCCAGUACUGAGCUGUAGGUGGAGUAGGCUGUGCCUUCUGAAGCAGUAUCUAUUUACAAUGAAGUUGCAGUCUCCAGAAUUCCAGUCGCUUUUCACAGAAGGAUUGAAGAGUCUGACAGAAUUAUUUGUCAAAGAGAAUCAUGAAUUAAGAAUAGCAGGAGGAGCAGUGAGGGAUUUAUUAAAUGGAGUAAAGCCUCAGGAUGUAGAUUUUGCCACCACCGCUACCCCUAUUCAAAUGAAGGAGAUGUUUCAGUCGGCUGGGAUUCGGAUGAUAAACAACAGAGGAGAAAAGCACGGAACAAUUACUGCCAGGCUUCAUGAAGAAAAUUUUGAGAUUACUACACUACGGAUUGAUGUCACCACGGAUGGAAGACAUGCUGAGGUAGAAUUUACAACUGAUUGGCAGAAAGAUGCUGAACGCAGAGAUCUCACUAUAAAUUCUAUGUUUUUAGGUUUUGAUGGCACUUUAUUCGACUACUUUAAUGGUUAUGAAGAUUUAAAAAAUAAGAAAGUUAGAUUUGUUGGACAAGCUAAACAGAGAAUACAAGAGGAUUAUCUUAGAAUAUUAAGAUACUUCAGGUUUUAUGGGAGAAUUGUAGACAAACCUGGUGACCAUGAUCCUGAAACUUUGGAAGCAAUUGCAGAAAAUGCAAAAGGCUUGGCUGGAAUCUCAGGAGAGAGGAUUUGGGUGGAACUGAAAAAAAUUCUUGUUGGUAACCAUGUAAAUCAUUUGAUUCACCUUAUCUAUGAUCUUGAUGUGGCUCCUUAUAUAGGUUUACCUGCUAAUGCAAGUUUAGAAGAAUUCGACAAAGUCAGUAAAAAUGUUGAAGGUUUUUCACCAAAGCCAAUGACUCUUUUGGCCUCAUUAUUCAAAGUACAAGAUGAUGUCACAAAAUUGGAUUUGAGGUUGAAGAUUGCAAAAGAAGAGAAAAACCUUGGCUUGUUUAUAGUUAAAAAUAGGAAAGAUUUAAUUAAAGCAGCAGAUACUUCAGAGCCGUUGAAACCCUAUCAAGACUGCAUUAUAGAUUCUAGGGAACCUGAUGCAACUACUCGUGUAUGUGAACUACUGAAGUACCAAGGAGAGCACUGUCUCCUCAAGGAAAUGCAGCAGUGGUCCAUUCCUCCAUUUCCUGUAAGUGGCCAUGACAUCAGAAAAGUGGGCAUUUCUUCAGGAAAAGAAAUUGGGGCUCUAUUACAACAGUUGCGAGAACAGUGGAAAAAAAGUGGUUACCAAAUGGAAAAAGAUGAACUACUGAGUUACAUAAAGAAGACCUAAAACUGAUGGCUACAGAAAAGCAGAGCAUUUUUGGUAGGAGUCAUUUUUCUCCCCUCCCUCUUGAUGAGGUUUUAGAAACUAUGCCAGAAUAAAAGCCAGUUUAGAGGACCUCUUUAGAAUGAGGGUCUUAUUAUGUGAAUUCUAUUUCAAGAACUAAACUAAGAUCUACCUUUCUUGAUCUGAUUUGGAAUAGUUUCAAGUGAGAAAAACAUAGUUGGCUAUUAUUUUAACCUGUUCAGGGUGUUAAAAAAAAUUUGGUUUUGCAUAGGGUGGUAGUAAGAUUAAUCGUAGAAGGUGGUAACUAUAUUGAAUAAAAAAAUGUUUAUUAAUGUUUGCAAUUGAAAUAACUGGGUUACCUUGUACAGUGACUGUCUACAAUGUGUCAGUUCUUAUCUGAAUUCCAAAAUAAACUUGUGCUUAAAAGGGAAAUAAUUGACAAGUUUGCAUAAAAUAUGAAUACUAAGUGUGUCUCUAGUUGCUGGCAUUCAUACAUACAGGAUUGUUCUAGCAGGCUAUGUUUUAGUAUGUAGUUGAUAUUUUUCUGUCACAAUGAUUUCUUUAUGCAUGCAGAGCCUGGGAAAGUAAAGUAAUUAACUUGAGGGUUACUCUUGAGCCUAUUUUAGUAAAACAUUGGUAUUAUGUGUUUAUGUGGUAUCUGACAAUAAGUAUCUGGUGCCAUGUACAAUGGUAAUAUGCCUCUUUUUAAAAGUUAAUAAACUAAAUGUUAACUUAUUUUUCUAAUUAAAAGGAUACAGCUUACAUUAUUAUAUAUUCUUUAAAGAUUUGUGUCCUAAAUGCUUUCAUUUGGUAAAUAUAUUUAUAAUGCAAACUAUUAUUUCAGCUGCUAUACUGAUAUUUCAUAAUUCAUUUUCCUUCCUGUGUAGCCAGUCAAGACUUCUUUGUACUCUCUGAGCAAAUAGUAAUAUUGGACCUUGAUAAAACAAUUUUGUAGAGUGUAUUUCUAAGAGGAAGUGUAACAGGGGCUAUGAUGCAAGAAAGGGAGCCUCAGAAAUGACUGCGGCACAGGUCAGUAAUUACAUGCCUUAUAAAAUACUUUGGAAUAUUUAAGUACUGCCAAAAUACGGAUUUAGACCCAACAUCAUAGAAUACAUACUAUUUCUAUAUAGAAAGUAUGCAAAUUUAGCUAUAUUGGAGGUCUGGUUUUGUCAUAUGCAUGUUUUUACAUCUCAGAAAAUUUUAUUUGCUAGUAAACUGUGUGGGACAUUGAAAGUACACCUUUUCAGGGCAAAAGGUGACUCAUUCUAACUGGUUUAGAUUUCAUCCUAUAGAGAUGUACUAUGCUACUGAAAAGAACUUCCUGAACUAUAUGAAACCAGUGAAGUCAUAGAAACCCAAAACUAUUAAAAGUAGUUAAGUAGAGCUUAGAAAAAAUAAGGCAAGGGCAUAUCCUGAACAGCAGCAUUGUUGAAUUGCUUUUCAUUUACUCUAUUUACGUAAAUAAAUAAGCAAUUUGAUACUCAACUGAUUCCACUCAAGGCGUGUUUGGGCAAAACAAAUUUUGGCCUCAUACUAUUGCCAUACUUUGUACAUUUAACCUGACUGGUCUUAUUGAUAGUCCUUUGCUACUUUAAAGUUGUUACACUUAAUGUGAAAGGACCCACUAAACCCUUGAAUAUAUAAGCAGAGAGGUCUGUGGCAAAGCAGUCUUUUUAGGACUUUACAUUAUUUGAACAAAGAACAUGUUUAGUUUCACCCUUAAGGUUUACUUAGAUUUUCUCCAACUUACAUUGAAUAAAAUAGUAUCAUGUCUAGCCUGUGUGAAGGGGACAUGUUUUGGCAUCUUUUUCCUAUGGUAGUUCUAGUUCAAAUUAAUGUUUGAAAAAAAGCUUCUGUAGGGAACAGAAUAAAUGGGCUUAUAGUUCAAAUACUGAGGAAAUACACAGAAAAUACUAUUUUUUACUAACGGGCACAUAAGGGAAAUGACAACUAUUUGUGAGCUCAACACUGUAUACACUAAUAUUUUUAAAUUAGAGUUAAAAUUAGAUUUUACAAAUCAGUAUUGAACAAAGCCCUUUUAGAAUAAUACACAUUGCCUUGUCUCUUUUGAAAAGGAACAUGUAGUUGUCAGAGCAUUGGUACAGAUAAGCUGUCCCAUCCAUCAGGAUCAAACUGAUUGAUUAGUUUCACAUUGUAGGAGUUUAUGAUAUUCUACACAGGAAGUAAUCUCAUCAUUUCCAAAGAUGUCUUUAUGUUGCAUCAAUGACAUGCUACAGACAUACCAGAUUCCACAGGAUAAUGGCACCAAGCUACCCAAGUAGAUAUGUCUGAAACUAAAUUUGUAUUCUAGACUGCUGCUUAUCCUUUCCAAGAGUAUACUUUAAGUUUCAGAUACAGCUUAACUUGAAAACUGCAACCCUCCAAGUAAUAUUAAGUAUAUAUCAGAGGCAAUAAUUUCCAAAGCAGAUCUGACUUUAGAAUAACAAAUUUGUUAGAUAAAUUUAUCUCUAGCACAUCUGUUUACAAGCAAAGUAUUACUUUGUCUGGACUUAUUUCAUCUUCUGUGUCUGGGAUUGUAGGCAACAGAGCAGAUCGCGUUAAGCCCCAAAAUUUUUGAGGUGACAUGUCUUUUUUGGUGGCUGUAAACUUCCAUCCAAUAUGGCUUGCACAGAUCUUACAUUGGGCAACAGUCCAGGCAUACCUAAAAAAUUAAGGAAAAGUAUCAGCUAAGGAAACAAACACUUCUUUUACUCCAAUCCUAUAAAACCUAUUAUGAUGAAGACAGACCUUAGAGACACAUUCUAAGUUGAGAUUUGAUCUAUACAGUUCCCUGAAAACUCGUAAUACCUAAUAAUUUGGAUACAUUCUUUCUAUGGUAAUACAUCAGUCUGUCUGUUACAUAUUAUUUUGUAAUAUAUAUGACUUUUAUGCACUUAAGCUAUGUUUACAGUUUUCCUCCACUCCACGGAAGUAAAGUAAUCUUAGGAAUAUCUUUAUACAAAUUGCUGGUUGCCAAGAUCACAUUCUAAGUUGCACUGGCUUCUCCUUUGUUGCAGUUAGUUAGAAAACAGCAACCACCUGCAGAAAUAUGUACUUCUGUCUGAGUCAAACUGGAUGGAGCAGGAAGGACAUGUUGUCUCAUAAAAUAUUUGAAAAUUACUAUUCUAAAAUAAGAAUGAUUGUCACAUAAUGCAACCAGAAAUACAAACCAUGGCAUUUCUGCUCUAAUUUUGUCCAUUUGUAUACUAUGUCACAUCUACUAUUUAUAGUAACAAAUUUAUUCUAGUUUUAGUCAUCACAUAGGGUGCCAAAUAAGCUAGAUAAGGCAAUCCAAGUGAUAUGGUCCUAACUAACUCCAGAGUAGCAAGUAAUCCCUACGUAGCAUCCCUCUUUGAAAACUGAAGAUAGUACAGCUGAGGGAACUGAACAGGCUCCCAGGAUCAUACUUCAAAAUCAUUAAGGUGAAGCAAAAAAAAAAAAAAAAGGCAAAC